UAUUAUUUAUGUGAAUAGGAAUAGGAUAAAGGACAUUACCACAUAUCAAGUAGGUAACAACUAUUUGGUGAAAACACGCACUUCUUGAUUUAUCUAAUAACCUUGAGAUAAAAAGUUACAAAAGAAAAAAUGGAACAGGCCACAUGCUUGGAAAUUUUUUUCGGAUUUUACUUAAUUGAAUUUCCGGUUGUGAGUAUAGUUCAACGAAAAUAAAGUUCAUAAAUUUGACUAUUAGCCACUAACCACAACAUCGAAUGAACAUUAUAUAAAAUUAUUAUAACACAAUAAACGCGUGUCCUUUGCGUGAGGAAAUCCCAUUGGCAUAACCUUUUAAAGCAGAGUAUAAAUAUUCCUUUCAAAGAAACAAUAUCAACAAAUUAAAAAUCUUCUGAAAAUUAUCCCACUGAGUAAAUUCGAAAAGAGAAGGUCACAUUUGCAUACUGGUUUAGGCUAUCCUGUAUAAAAAAAUCAAUAGAUGAAUGUCGAGCAGAGAAUGGCGUAUUUGAAUCUGAAAGAAAUUCUGCGAUACUCAAAUAAGUUCUCAAUGAAUUAAAAUUUGAAGCAACAGAAAACCUGCGAAAAUUGAAGUAUUUCUAGAGAAUAAACAAAAAUACGAAAUAAUGGACGAAUAUCCUGUGGUGCAUAUACAACCAGACGAAAUAGUUGAAGAGGAAGAAUUUGAGCGUCUCUAUUCAGCUCCAGCCGAGAUUGUUGCACUCUUGUCAAUUUUUUAUGGUGGAAUCAGUAUCCUGUCUGUCAUUGGCAACACACUGGUGAUUUGGGUGGUUGCAACUACAAAGCAAAUGCGUACUGUUACUAACAUGUACAUAGCUAACCUGGCAUUUGCAGAUGUUUUCAUCGGUUUAUUCUGUAUACCAUUUCAGUUUCAAGCUGCUUUAUUGCAACAAUGGAAUUUACCUUGGUUUAUGUGCGGCUUUUGUCCAUUUGUGCAAACUCUUAGCGUGAAUGUCUCGGUUUUUACUUUAACGGCAAUUGCAAUUGAUCGCCAUCGAGCAAUUAUUAAUCCACUAAGAGCAAGGCCAACAAAAUUUGUAUCGAAGUUAAUUAUUGUCACAAUAUGGAUUGUUUCUAUCACAUUUGCUAUACCAUGUGCCAUUGCUUUUCGCGUAGAGUUGGUACACGAACGGAUAAGAGAGGAUGGCGUAAUCUACAAUAUGACACGACCGUUUUGCUUGAAUAAGAAUCUCUCAGAAGAGCAGUUGCAAACAUAUCGUUAUUCUUUGGUAUUUGUGCAGUACUUGGUGCCAUUUUGCGUCAUCAGUUUUGUGUACAUACAAAUGGCAGUGAAAUUAUGGGGCACUAGAACACCUGGUAAUGCACAAGAUUUGCGUGACAUGACAUUGUUAAGAAAUAAGAAGAAGGUCAUUAAAAUGCUGAUUAUUGUCGUCAUUGUAUUUGGAUUAUGCUGGUUACCACUACAGCUCUAUAACAUACUUUACGUAACAAUACCAGAAAUAAAUGAAUAUCAUUUCAUCAGCAUCAUUUGGUUUUGUUGUGAUUGGCUCGCAAUGAGUAACAGUUGCUAUAAUCCUUUCAUUUAUGGUAUUUACAAUGAAAAAUUCAAGCGUGAAUUCAAUAAACGUUUUGCGGCAUGCUUUUGUAAAUUCAAGACAUCCUUGGAUUCACAUGACCGCACUCUAUCCAUGCACACACGCGGUAGUUCCCUACGUUCCAGUUACAUGAGUUCCUCAAUGCGUAUGCGUAAUAACAUAUUCUCAUCCAGUCAUCAACACCCUGUUAGAACGGCACAUUGCUACCGUCCAGGGCAGAUGAAAAUUGGUAAAAAUGGCCACAACAACAUUUACAAUGUCAUGACUUUCGGUAAUAACACUGCGAACAAUUUUAAUGGAGGCGUUGAUGCUAACAUUAUUGUUGGUGUACAUGAUGCAAAUAAUGUUGGUCCGUUAAUGUACCAGUGGAGGCGUAAUAACUUUAAGCCGUUACAUCCAGAUGUCAUUGAAAAUGAAGAUGAUAUGGGAUUGAUGGAGUUGCCGUCAACACCGCCAUCAGAGAUACCUUCCGGUACGUAUGGCAACACGGUUGAUACGAUUAAAAGCGACUCGAAUGAAAGUUCCAGUUGUAUUUGUGAACAAGAAUUAGGUAGUCGCACUGAGUGUGAUGGCACUUGUAUACUGAUGGAAGUUGCACGUGUGCAGGCACCGCACACUGACAUCGUCGAAGCUACGGACAAGGACAUACAAUUUUAAAUGUUCCAAGCACUGCAGGUGUUGUGAUUUAGCAAUGCACAUA